CUCGAAUGUCCGGGCGCGCUGGGAUACUGGAGGUCCUGAUGCCUGUGCGCUCUGGGAUAUUGGAGGACCGAGCCGUGAUGGUGGUUCUUUGUGGGGUUUGGUUCCUUUUCGCUCUCUUUGAGUUUUCAGCGGCGAUUUAUGAAGAUCAGGUCGGGAAGUUCGACUGGCGACGUCAAUAUGUUGGGAAACCUCGCUUUGCCUAUUUUGAUACACCUACACAGAGCUCAAAGAAACUUGUGGUUGUAACAGAGAAUAAUGUGAUCGCUUCUCUCAACUUGAGGACUGGGGAAAUCUUUUGGCGUCAGGUGGAUAAAGAAGGUCCUGAGGGGAAUGUGGAUCUAUUGUUAUUUUAUGGGCAGGAUGCAGUGACUGUAUCAGGAGGAGGGCGAAUGUUGCGCUCAUGGGAUUCGAACAUUGGUGGUUUGAACUGGGAAUUCUUGCUUGAGGUUGGCAGUUUUCAGACUGGUUCCCUCAUUGGCUCUGCUGAAGGAGUCAGAUUCAUUGCCAUUGUGAAGAAAACAUCCAUUUCCCUCCAUUAUCUCUCAAAUGGACAUCAGAAAUGGAUUGAAGCUUUACCAGAAAGUGAUACUGUCCAUUAUGAGCUGCUUUACUCGGGAGGAGGUGGUACGGUGUACGUGGUGGGAAUGGUUGCUGGCUCUCGUCUUGUCAUAAUUCAGUACGACAUUAAUGAUGGAAAGAUCAUCCAACAGAGGACUGUAUCAACUCCCUGGAUCCAACAUUUGCGUAACCUUUGUGGAAUUGUUGGGGCUGGAGACUUGAUAUGCAUAGACUCUGAAUCUCAUUCACUCUGGAUCUUGCCUUUGGAAUCUGAGCAAGAGUCUGUGCAGGUUGCUUUACAGUCUCUAGAGCUGGAACUAGCUGAGGAGUUUGAGGGAAGAAUUUUAACAAUACAGUCGUCGCCACUGGUGGCAUCAUCUACUCAAUUCUUCCUUCAGUUGUCAGAUACUCACUACGCAUUAUUACAUCUGCGUGAUGGCGUAGUCAGCCUGCUACGUGACUUUGCACAGGCUGUGCUCGCAUCCUUUGCUACAACUGGCGACAAGAUGGUGGCAGCUGUCAUGACAUCUAGGAACAAAACAGCUUUCAGUAUUAAUCUGUACUCUGCAGAGUAUGGCAGGCGAUUAUUGGACACAGCCAUGAACUUUAACCUGGAUCCAAACUGUGGGCAACCAGAGCAGCUCUAUAUUCAGGCAUUCCUGAAGAAAGAUGACUCUGUUGGGUAUCGAGCUCUCGUACAGACCUUUGAUCAUGCAUUAAUCUUCAUUCAACAACCAGGUCGAAUUAUUUGGACACGAGAAGAGGCAUUAGCAGAAGUUGUUACCAUGGAGAUGGUCGAUUUGCCUCUAACAGGAACACAGGCUGAGCUGGAGGGUGAAUUUGGAAAGAAAGCAGAUGGUCCCAUGGGAAUGUUUAUGAAGCGACUGUCCUCCCAGCUGAUUCUGCUACAAGCAUGGAGCUACCAGCUCAUCAAAAUGUUCUAUGAUGCACGCAAACCUCGAAAUCAUUCAAAGAAUGAAAUAACUAUCGAAAACCUGGCCCGAGAUGAGUUUAAUCUGCAGAAGAUGAUGGUGAUGGUGACAGCAUCUGGAAAGCUCUUUGGGAUUGACAGUAGCUCAGGAACCAUUUUGUGGAAGCAGUAUUUUGAGAAUGUGAAACCAGGAUCCUCUUUCAAACUGGCAGUGCAACGAACAACAGCUCACUUUCCUCACCCACCACAAUGCACCCUAAUUAUUAAGGAUAAGGAAACUGGAUUAAGUUCUCUUCAUGUUUUCAAUCCAAUUUUUGGAAAGCGGAGUCAGAUCAAUCCACCAGCUUUGACCCGCCCUAUUCUUCAGUCUUUGCUGCUUCCAAUUGUGGACCAAGAUUAUGCUAAAGUUCUGCUCCUAAUUGAUGAUGAGCAUAAGGUAACGGUCUUUCCCUCAAGCAGAAAUAUCCUGCAGCAACUACAGAACUCUGCCCCUGUAAUUUUUUUCUAUUUGGUGGACCCUGUUUGGGGAAAGUUGAAUGGAUACAGUCUGCAUAAGGAUCUUGGAACGCAAGAAAUUUGGGAAGUGGUGAUUCCAACAGACACACAAAAAAUAGUGAUUGUGAAGGGAAAGCGGUCGAAUGAGCAUGUACACUCUCAGGGCCGGGUCAUGGGAGAUCGGAGCGUCCUUUAUAAGUAUCUGAAUCCUAAUUUGUUGGCAGUGGUGACUGAGAGCACAGAUACGCACCAUGAACGCACCUUCAUUUGUGUCUACCUUAUUGACGGGGUGACUGGACGAAUCAUUCACGAGUCUGUGCAGCGGAAAGCAAGGGGACCCGUUAAUGUUGUGCAUUCAGAGAACUGGGUGGUGUACAAGUACUGGAACACAAAAUCCCGGAGGAAUGAGAUGACCGUUUUGGAACUAUAUGAGGGAACAGAGCAAUACAACAGCACAGCAUUCAGCUCGCUUGACCGUCCUCUCUCACCCAUCAUCUUUCAGCAGUCCUAUAUAUUUCCAUCAGCCAUCAGUCUGGUGGAAUCCACAAUCACAGAGAAAGGGAUCACCAGCCGCCACCUGCUGAUUGCAUUGCACUCUGGAGGCGUUCUUUCUUUACCAAAAGCAUUUCUGGAUCCUCGACGCCCGGAAGUUCCAUCUGAGCAAAGCCGAGAGGAGAAUUUGAUUCCUUAUGCUCCAGAACUACCAAUCCGAUCAGAAUGGUACAUCAACUACAAUCAAUCUGUUUCCAGAGUACGGGGGAUUUACACGGCUCCAUCUGGUCUGGAGUCCACCUGCCUUGUUGUUGUCUAUGGAUUGGACAUCUUCCAGACCCGAGUUUAUCCAUCAAAGCAAUUUGAUGUUUUAAAAGAUGAUUAUGAUUACGUGCUUAUCAGCAGCGUUCUCCUUGGACUGGUUUUUACAACCAUGAUCACAAAGCGCCUUGCGCAGGUGAAGCUUUUGAAUCGAGCCUGGCGAUAGAUGUCAUCAGAUUGGAAGAGAAUAGUUGUCUCCUCAUUGAGUGGAGCUGAAGAUGGGUGCAAUGUUAAUAGGGACCCAAAUGCUCUUGCGCCCAUGUACAUACUAUGUAUAUUUUUGGUAACACACUCUUGAUCGGAAACAGAGUGAUGGACACUUUCAUGAGCAGAUUUUAACAAAAGUUGGUUUCAUUGUUGUAAAAAUUAAUUUGUGUUUCUAUUGAUCAGAAUUUUUUUUGAGAUGAAAGAUAUUUUUGUUCCUGCAAAAUGGCUAGGAGAUGAAAGGGGAACCUUUGAAAGUAAUGUGUAACAAUUAAUGACAGCUGAAUUUGAAUGUUACCUGGUGCUCUGCUUUAAAUCUUUAGCCUCUGCUGCAUUUUUAGAACUGGUUGAUACUUUAUUUGAAGAUGGAUGUUGCCUCUAGCUCAGGUUCCCUAUAAAUAUGAAUGCUGGACACUAGCUUCCUUGUCGGUCAUUGGACAGAAAACCUUGGUCUUUUUGUCUAUCAUUCUGACGAUGUCCCUUUGGUCUAACUCUCAUCUGUGAGGCAGGACAUUGACUGUUUUGGAAAGAGCUGGAUUUUCCAUGUUGUAGCCCUGCCACUAGGUGAUGCUGAAGAGCUUUUUGUUCCCCUGCAGCACCCUCCACCCUUCAGCAUUAUCUGCAGCCCCAGUUACACCUAAAUUGGACAAUAAACUACUGACUUGCAUCUUUUAGUGACAUGGUUACGUUUGCCUCUUCCUGGAGAUGAUAAGAAAAAUUUACAAUUGCAUGUUGAUAAUAUUUGAGGUAAUUGAUGCGGGACUGUUGAUUGAUUCUUGCGAGAAUUUGAAAACAGUAGUUAAUUUUUUUUAUUUUAUUGCCAAGUUGGUGUGUGAGGCAGUUUUGAAUUGAGUGAGUGCAUCUCCACCUAACAAAUGUGUGAAAAGCAAAAAAUCUUGAAAAAUUUGACGUUUGAAGGUGUACAAUAGGAAUAGAGGAUUUUAACUAUUUUGGAUGUUUAAUAUUUGACUCCUGAAAAUCUGACCUUGACAGGCAUUUAGAGUCAACUUAAAAUGUGCAAUGGAUGAGUGAAUUAACAGAAUUUAAGCCAGAUCUUUGUGAAUAUCUGACAUUCUAAUUAUUUGCCCAAGUUUCAUCACUGUUUUGCAGGAAAUGGAGGGUUCGAAUGAUAGUUGUAACCUUUUCCUAGUUAGGUGUUUUACUCUGUCCUUUGCCUAAAAUUCAAGUACAGCCACAUCAAAAACAUUGAUACUGAACACCUAAAAAUUAAUGCAUUGAAAUUUGUUAAAUAGAAAUAUUAAUUUAUGUUUGAGAUAUUGUUUUUGAAACCAUUAAAUAAAAUGUUACUGUGACAUUGAA